AUGAAUCCGUCCACAUUUUCGGCAAGCUUUUUGACUAAUAAUAAUUCAUAUCAAUCAAGAAGGAAAGUAAAUAGUACUUGUUUUAUGGACUAUUCAGAUUUUGUUUUUGUUGUACAUCCUGAAUCAGGACGUUUAGAAGGCAAAGAAAGUGAGCGGAUCUUUUAUUUCAACAGUUCUCAUGGUGAAACAUUGGAAAGAAAAACGCAAAUGACUGGCUUUGCAGAGGCUGUCGUCAACUUCACAGAGAAUUUCACUGAAGAAAAAGAAGAAUUAGAAUUUCCAUAUCGCUAUGUUAAUACUGGCAAACAGUUGCAUGUUUAUAUCUUAUUGGAAUCUGGAAAGUUCAUUCUUGGGUGUGGCAUAAACAAAGAGAUAAGCAUUGAUAGCGACUUCAUUUUACGUGGAUCAGCUAUCAAAGCAGUUUUAAUCACUGCCUACAAAAUGUUCCGGUUGUUUUUCGGAUCAUUCUCUCGGCUGAUAGUUAGUGACGUGGUACAUUUGAAAGAUCGUUUGGAAUACUUCUUCUCACGUUACCUUCCUCAACUUCAUCUUCAUCGUAUGCCCUUACUUGACAUAUUCUCCAGUGUCAGUUAUCUAUCAGUAGAUAGUCUAAAUUACUUACGAAUUGGGAGUCUCUUGGAUGAUUUGAUGGAAGCAUUUCCAAUAAUCUCCAAAACUAUGUUUUUUUAUCAGGAACAUCUGGUAACCUCCACUGUUUCUAAAUCAGAUUUACCUAUACUUUAUCGAUAUCUAUCUCAAAAUCUUCUAUGUAGAUGGUUAAAGCAAGAGUUGCGACCAGACGGACACACGAGCAGAGAAUCAACGCACCGAGGACAUUUUUUAAUGUCUCUAAUGACUUCAACUGCGAAUCUUUCUUUUAGCAGUCAUUAUGAUGCCAAUGCAAAAUUACCAGUUGUUUAUUUGUGUGAUGAUAUUAAUCAAGAAAAACUCGUGCCUUAUGAAAUGUGUCCGAUCCUCAGUUAUCAGUUACAUCGUAAAAUAUAUCGAAAUCAGAUCGUUUAUCGUGCGUUGAAUGCAACAAUAUGUAUGUUUAUCGAGAAAAAUAUGGAAAAUGGACUUUUACAACGAUUAGAUGACUAUCUUGGACCGGACUUGAGUGCUCUGGCUUCUCUUAUUGCUGAUUCAUAUGGCACUUUAGAUGGUUCUGUAAAGAAAAAUGAAGACUAUUAUUUUAUUUACUACAAUCCUGAAACUAUGAGUAUAAAGACCAAUUUCGUAGACAAUUCUGACUGUAACACAAAUUUGCCCUCGAUACCAUCAUCAAUAUACAAAUCUGUUUGUGAUAUGUUUGAUGAAUUUAUGGAAAAAGAAGAUUUUGGAGAAGCAACAACUAAAUUUGAUAGCGAUUGGUGGAUCGUUAUGAAAAAAGUAAAUAAAAGAUUCUUACUACUCGUGCUACGAAGUUCUACAAUUAGUACAGGAGCUGAAAUGCAACAGUGGGCUAGCAAUAUCAUGAAAAAUAAUUUCGACACAAUAUUUUUGUAUUAA